AUGCGCCUCACCGCUAGCGUUCUUGCUGGUUUCGCUGCAGUGGGCUUUGCUACACAGGCCAAUCCAACCACCAAGUCAGAGUUCAGCAAGGCCCUUGGUGAAGCAUAUGCUUCCGAAUCUGUUAGCGUUGACGGUAACUGGCGGAUUGGCUGUGACAAGAACAAUCACUGCUCGUACUAUCACGAUGCCGCCGCCGCUACAAGCAUCGCUGCUUCAGAGUCUGUUCACCCUGAAGAAGCAUCGUAUCCUGAGCGGUCUGCAAGGAGCGUCAACGCAACCGCCAGGGCCGUACAUGUUGCCGAGUUCCCUAAGGUCAACAAUACUUCUUCAACCGCAGUGCUUAACAUGAAUGAUGACCGAUUAGCUCGACACAGCCAGAACGUCUCUCUUCACGCGGAUAUGCAACCCGUUUUCGGCCGCCAUGUCGCCUUUGCAGGAGACCAGUGUGAAGACUGCGAUUUAACUGAAUGCCCGGAAUGCCACAGUGACUGUGCCCAGUGCCAACACUUCAAGUGUAUCGAUCCCAAAUUAGGCGUGUCCAUGUGCAUGAGCGUACGCCCCAAGUACCUGGUUCCCUGCGAUCCCGUCCCUCCACCAGUCGUGACCACGACGAAGACUAUCUACUACUUGCCCGUGCCUACACCGAUAUCUGCGGAAACAGUCAGAACCUCACGUCAGGCGAGGUCCGUAGCUACGAUCGCACCUCUGCCCAUGAUUACAGUCACACCCUCUGUUACUAUCACAGUAUCUACUGUUGUAACAGAGACAACCACCGUUCUCACUCCCUUCCCGAACCAAACUACCAAGACGAUUUUCAGGGAAGUCAGCAUCGUACCCAUUGAUCCCGACAGCACCAUCUUCUCAACCGAGACCAUUGUACACAUGGAACCCAUGACGAAAACUAUCAUGCUCGAUAGCAGGAAGAACUUGAUAAUCCCCAAAACCCCAAGCACCAGCUCUCCAACCCCGUCCUUCACAACAGCCCACGGGCCCCAGGUCUCUGGCCCGCUCUCCCGCCAGCAGCACAACAUCAGGGAAGCAACUUGCAAAAUUUGUGGCGACGCUUCAGCCUGUCAGGAGUGCACUUUCGCCUGUCCCGACUGCGGCGGCAACUUGUUCUGCAAUAGUCCCUUCAGCAGCCGCAACAUCUGCAUCGAUAUGUUGGACACCGCGAAUACUACUACAGCCUCGGAAAAGAUUCUCGGUCGUGCGGCUACACUUCUCGUUCAACAAGACGAAAAUGGUGUUGCUUCCAAUAACGGGUCGACAAUGGGCAAGCCGUGGGAGAUUCAAGAUGAUGGUUCGGUGCUAUCGUUGAAGUUUGGGUACUCUGACUGCCGUGCCUGCAUUCCUGGAGACAGGGAUUGUCGUGGGUGUAGGCAACGGUUUGAGUGCAGCGAGAUGAACAAGUGUGUUCGCGUUGAGGAGACGGAGAUUGUAGAGGUUUGUUACGAGAGCGAGACGUUCUGCCCUGCUUGA